AUGCCGAAUAACUUUGUUAACCUUCCCUUCAUUUUACAGGGUGACGUCCCGCAUAUCGAGGUUCUGGGUCAGCACGUCAUUGUACUGAAUUCUGUCAAGACAGCGAUGGAAUUGCUAGACAAAAAAAGCUCCGUGUACUCUGACCGUCCGGUUCUUCCAAUGUGUGGAGAACUUGUUGGUUGGAAGCGCUCUUUGGGUUUUCUCUCUCAUGGCGACCGUUUUCGCUGUUACCGCAAGAACAUGCACCGGGUCAUUGGCAGUCGCACUGCCAUGGAAGUUUACAACCCGCUCGAGGAGGUCGAGACCCACCGAUUCCUGAAGCGCGUGCUUGCGAAACCCGAGCAACUGCAAGCGCAUAUUCGACACGCCGCUGGCGCUAUCAUUCUGCGAAUAUCUUAUGGAUAUGACGUGGAGGAGAAUGAUGAUCCCUUUGUCGACCUUGCAGACCGCGGCGUGGACCAAUUAUCACGGUCCACCGCUCCUUCGUGCCUUCAUGUAGCCCAGGUUCCUGAGUGGUUCCCUGGCGCUGGAUUCAAGCGCUUGGCCCGUGAAUGGCGCCAGACCCUCGACGAGAUGGUUGAUGCACCAUACAAAUUCGUCGAUGAUCAGAUGGCUGCCGGAAUCGCCCCAGCGUCUUUCACCUCGAAUCUGUUGGAAGUCAGCGCUUUGUCUGCAGAAGAGGAUCGCAAUGUGAAACGGUCUGCUCUAUCCCUAUACGGUGGUUCCGACGCGAAGAAGGCUCAGGCUGAAAUAGACGCUAUUGUUGGCACUGAUCGUCUUCCCUCCUUCGCAGACCGCGACUCCCUCCCCUAUAUUGAAGCGCUUGUGAAGGAAAUCCUGCGUUGGAAUGUCGUCGCCCCUACAGGCGUCAUGCAUUGUGUCUCUGAGGACGAUAUCCACGCCGGGCACUAUAUUCCGAAAGGUUCCGUGGUUAUACCUAACGUCUGGUUCAUGCUUCAUGACCCGCGCACGUAUGCUAACUCCUCGCAAUUCAGGCCUGAACACUUCUUAGACAACGACGGAAAGGAUCCCGAGCCCGAGCCUCGCACGAUCUGCUUUGGCUUUGGUCUCCACCUCGCUGAUGCCUCCGUCUGGAUAUUCGCCGUGAUGUCACUCGCAGCGUUUGAUAUCUCCAAGGCCGUAGAGAACGGCGUCGAGAUCACCCCUGAGGUUGACCCCUCGACGGGCACGAUCAGUCAUUCCAAACCCUUCAAGCGCUCUAUUAAGCCUCGCUCUGCAAAAGCCGUUGCGCUCAUUCAGCAGGAUGUGAACUAUUAA